AACUCCGCCUAUUUCUACAAUGUAUCUUAUUAAAAUCUGAUUUUAAACCUAACCUUAACCGCACUGCUAACUGUAUGCCUAACCCUAACAUUAAAUGAAGACCAAAAAGCUCAUUUUUAUUUUCAUAMAUUUUUACGAUUUAGCCACUCUGUGGCUGGGGUAACUAGUGACAACCGUUUUCUACAGAGAGCAUCAGCUGUUGAAUAGCAGUAGCACAAAACAAAAGACACGGUAGUGAAUGAAGCCAGUCCUCUGAUCCACCAGAGCCAUGUCUUCUGAGGAUCCCUUCCAGGACUCUCUAGAUGAUGAUCUAGACGGCUUCUCGGAGCCUGGGAGAGGGAGCAGGAUACGCAGCAGUGUCUACACAAAAACCCCAGAGAUGGAGAGUAACUGUUAUGGAGACUAUGGAGCCACCGGCGGCAAAAGUCCCCUGAUGAAAACAUUGAUGGAUGCAGAAGCAGCGGCCAACUCUGCAGCUGUACAGCUCAUGUCGUUCAAGGAGACCCUGGAGGAUGAUUUUGCCGACUCAAGACACUCUGCCUCUGAUAACCGGCGGAUGUCAAGGCAGAGAGGCCUUCUACUGGAGAAGUUGGAGGUUUUUAAACGGAUUAACAAGUCUGUUCGACAGCAACUGAAAGACCUGCAGGAUGCAGAGGCAUCUCGAAUGGAGACAGACAAACACAUUGAUCUCUUACUAAAGAAGCUUACGCAGGCUGAGUGUGAUAAUCUGCAUUUGAAAAGAAAUUUGAAUGAUAAAGAAAAAAUGGUGGACGAACUGAUGGGUUUGCGGAAGAAAGAAAUGGAGAACACAGAGAAUGCGGUCCAUGCCACCAAGUCUGUGGAGACCACACGUGCUCACCUGCAGGGCCAGCUACACAGCAAAGAGGCCGACAACAACCGUCUCACCGUGCAGCUCCGGGGUUUGGAGAGGCAGCUGACUGAGCAGAAGCUGGAGAUAGAUGGUCUGAGGGGGGAGAUCUCCAGUGUGUCUGAGAAGGCAGAACAGGAGAAAGAGGGCCUGAAGAAGGCCACCCGUGCCCAAAAACAGAGGGCCGAGAGGUUCGAAGCUGCUGUGGAUAAAUGUUACACUCAGCUGAGGGAGAAGGAUGUUCAGCUGGCGGAGGCUUGUUCAGAGAGGGACACAUGGAGGAGACAACAGGAGCAGAAGACAAACGCGAGAAUUCUGCUUGAUGCACAGAUAGGACUACUGAAAGGCCAAAUAGCAGACAUUACUGCAAGGCUACAGAAGGAGAGGGAGGAAUUCACUGCUGCAAACGAGGUCUUACUGCUAAAAGUGGAAAAACUCAACGCUGAAAACGGAGACAUUGGCCUUGAGAAUGCAACCCUCAAGGCGUCCAUCGUUGAGUUGGAGCUGCAGCUGGUCCAUUCUAAAGCAGCGCUGAAAGAGGARAGCACCGUCUCACAGGAGAGGAAAGACCAAGCAGAACAGUAUCAGAGUCAGGUGGCAGAGCUUCAAAUGGAGGUGGAGGAUCUGAGAAUAAAGUUGGAGGGUUUUCUGAGGGAAGCAGAGAACAUCAGAGAAGGAAGAGAUGCGGAAGUGAAGAAGGUGAGGCUGGAGCUGGAGGGGCGCGUGAGGGAACUGGAAGAGUACCCCGAGUUACUGAGCACCGCGGAGCAGAGUCUGGCGGAGUGCCAGGACAACCUGAGGCGCUCAGAGAAGAGAUGUGCAGACAAGGCAGAGGCCAUUAGACAACUGCAGGUUAAGGUGGAGAGACAAGGGGAGAAGAUGAGGUCGUCGGUGGACAUGAAAGAGUCUAUCCACGAGGCCAACUCACAGCUACGGCAAAAACUGGAUGCUCUUCAAAAGCAGAUGGAGGAGCUACAUGGGGAGAACCAGGAGCUGAUCCGUAGGCUGGCAGGGCAGGAGGAGGCGCUACACUACAGCAGCAGGCAGCUAGAACAGCGCUCAGCAGACUGCCAGGCUCUCAACAGACAACUGGAGGCAGCAGUGGCCGAUGUCAGGCAACAGGUUUCCAAAGUAAAAGACAAAGCCGUCUCCAGAGAAAGUUCCCUUCAGACCAGAAUCCUGGAACUGGAAGCUGAGAAGAGCAGAAGAGAGAAUGAGCUGAAACAUAUGAAACAAAGCAAGCAGUCAGCUGAGAAGCAGUUUGAGGUGCGUCUAAAGGACCUGCAACUCAGCCUGGACCAGUCAAAAAGCCACAAACAGAGCAUUCAGAACUACGUCGACUUCCUCAAGAACUCUUACUCCACCAUGUUUGACGAGGGACUACCACAGACACCGUCUAGUUUUGAAUCAUCCUACUUUUUUAAAUGAUGAUUACUCCGGUAUGUGUGUUUGCGGUAUGUAUUGUUGGUUCAAUAAUGUACAAUAUAUGAGCAUUAUUUAAGAAUAAUGUGUUUUGGAGAAGCAAUGAAUCGGCACAUAUGCAUUUUAUGUCCGAUAAAGAAGUCCAUGUAAAUGUUUAUAUAGAUCAGCUAAUACUUUUUUGUCCAUUUCUAAAUAGAAUUUCAAUAAAGUUUAUAAUGGCAUAUUGUA